CUUUGUUGCAUUGUGGGAAAUGUCUGUGCAACAAAUCCGCCAUUUUAUAAUGCCAUAAUACUUUCUGCAUCAACGAAGGACGUUUCUUUGUAUGCGCUAGGUGUGAAGAACCUAAUCAGGCUGUUCAGUAGCAACCAUCUUCGAAAUGAAUAGUUCAUUUACAGCCCUAGACAGCGUAUCCACUUUCAUUUCUCAUUAUUCAAUAUGGGAAACAUGAUAACUGUUAUUAACAUUCAGACAAAUACAUACCAAUAUGUGUCAGUGUGUGGACCUUGCCAAGACUGUUCAUGGCAGUCUUCACCACAUUCAAGAGGUUCUGAUGGACAGGUCUUGCAGUAAGCACGGGAGAAUGUUUUAUAUCAUGCCUAGAACAUUUUAGAUGUUUUUUAAUUAAUUUGUUAUAUGUACAUUUGAAUAUGGAAUGUUUCAAGGAAGCAAGGUCGGCAGAUGGCAUACUUCAUGUAUCCUCGAAUGUGGGUUCUCGUACAAUCGACCAGGAAACCCAAAGUGGUGAACAAAGAGUCCAACCAUCACUGGAUCUCGGGUGUUCAAAUAUCAGCAACUCCCAGAAUGCACAAUGUGGUGAAGAAAGGUUUUACUCAUCUUUGAAUCUGGCAUGUUCUGAUGUGGGAAAGUCAGGAAAAUUACAGUUCAGUGAAGACAGCUUUGAUUCUCCAUUGAACAUGGAAUGUUCUGAGAUACUGAGUGACCAGUCCAGUGAAGAUGAGUACAUGUCACUCGAUUUGGAGUGCACAGCAAUAGACUGUGAUGAUUCUUCCAAAGACUUCGAAUCACAGUCUCCCAAAGAAUGGAAGCUGUUGUCUCCAAAAGAGUGGGAAUCACAGUCCCCCAAAGAGUUGGAUCCUCAUACACUGAAAGAGUUUGAGUUACAUUCCCCUAAACAGUGGAAGUCACAAUCUCCCAAAGAGUUUGAGCCGUUCUCUUCCAAAGUGUUCGAGUCACAGUCUGCCAAAGAGUCUCAUAUAUCAUUAAGUCAUCAAGUUACUCAAAGAGAAUUUCAGCAGUUUAAGCAAGAGACGAUUGUGUCCCCUGAUCAGCAAGAAGAAAAUAUUGAAACUAGGAUAAUGGUGACAGGUAUGGGCAACCUCCAGGGUAAUCUUAAGCCAUUAAACCAUUGUUCAUCAGAAGAACAUACAGUAAUAGAAAAAACUAUUUCUUUUCUGGAGAAACAUCCAGGAUGUGACGUUGUGGUGAAGAGAUCAGGUGAUGAAAUGAUUAUAUGUGACAGGACAUUCAAAACACCAAUGCCAUUUACAACUGGUAUGUCAGCCAACCUACCUAAGCAUGUAAUAAACAUGUUACUAAAUUCAAGAAACACCACUUUGGCAGCUGGUUCUUCAUCAGUGAAAAGUAACAUUAAACUACAGGUUCGAAAUAAUGAAAGGUCUUUAGGAAAACUUAACAGUAUUUGUGACAAUUCACCACUUCCUACAAUAUUUUGUAAUAUGUCUUCUUCAGGUGUGCAAAUUAACAAGAACAAUGUAGAGAAUAAUAGUGGAGUGUUUUUGUUGCCUGGUGAUUCUGUUUUCAAACUGCCUCAAGCAGAUAUAGCAGGUAUUCCUUUGUCAGUGUCAGGUAGCUGUCAAACUGGCUUUGGAUCUGAGGCUUUGAGCAAAAUCAAUGUGGUAGCUAAUGCUGACUUUCCUUCAGUUGCCCCUCAUUGUAGUACUGCACAAGAGAACUCCACUGCCAGGCAAGAUCAGUAUUUAUACAAUGAACUGUCCACUUCAUGUUGUUCACAAUCUCAGGGCAACAGCCUUGCUGAGCCAGGAGGCAGCACACACAGUGUCAUCCAUGAUCCUAUUCAUUAUUGGAUCCAUGAUGCUAAUAAUUCUUGGAGCCAUCAAGCAGGGUCCGACAACUCAUCUUCAUGGAUUGAAUGUGAUCAAAAUGAUUGGUUAUAUUAUGUUAGACCAGGAAAUAGAAGGUUUCUGAAUGUGAAGAAAAAAGAUCUUCCACAAAAAUGUAGUAGCGUGGUGCAUUCUCUAGUACGUAAGAUACUGGCACUAGAGCUAUGUUUAAGACACUGUUCUGGAAUGGAUAAAUCCAGAUUAUCUUCUUUUAUUGAACAGGAGAAGAUUGAUGCACAAGAUUUGGAAGAGUUGUUGAACACAUGUAAAGUCAAUGACUAUGACAACAUUAGGGUAUCUGACAGUAUUUUGUCAGGUGAGAAAAUUAAAAAGGUGAAAUACCAGCUGAAUGAAUCCAGUCAAGCAGUGACUCGUGAACAUUGCUUUGGAUCAGAUAACUCAAACCCUAGUGCCAGUGGCGACACAUAUUCAUUUAUAAAUGCCGAUCACCAUGGUGAGGAGGACAACAGUUUGUCUAUCAGAAUAGAAUCUGUAUUUUCAUUGUCAGCACCUUCAGCGACACAAAUUGAUUCAGAAGACCAGUCACAAAAUUCAGCAAAACAAAAAGGUCUUCAUCGGUCACCUGUCUUAAAUGAUUCUGGCAAGAAAAAUACUUCCCUUUCUACUGGCAAGAUAAGAAAGAAAUCAACUAGUAGAGCAUCAAAAAAGAGAAAAGACCAAUACAAAGCAUUAGGAGUUCCACCUUAUGUUGUGCUUGAGCGGCUAACAGAAAAACAGAUGAAGAAACAAUGUCAAGUUAGCAAAUGUUCAGCAUACUGUAGAAAAAUGACAUUGCAGUUGAUGUGUGAUCUGGGUUUGACUGACUGCAGUAGACGAUUUGUUAAUAACUUCCAUAAGCUUUGGGAAACAAAAGAGUUCGACAUUAAUGGUGACCACAAUUAUGCCUGUAGAAAUGGACAAACAGAACCAAAGAGAUUGCAUACACGCAAAAAUGACACCAAUGUUAAGAUGAACAAACACAAGGCAGGAAUAAGUAAAAAGCAGGACACAAAAUCAAGAACUGGUUCAAACAGUGUCAUAAAAAUACUUCCAAAGCUACAUGACACACAUGCAGAGAAGGUUCUUAAAUUUACCAAAGUCUCUGUACCUGUCUUCCCCUAUUGGGAUCAACAUACACACUUGGAACAGGUAGACGAAGCAGUUCAAAUUGCAGAUCACAAUUAUUUUGUCAAAAGUCCAUCACAAACUCGAGACGACACUGUUCCAAAUAAUACUGAUGACAACUCCCAUUCAGAUCAGGAGCCCAAAGUUGCUGCUUGCCAGACGAAUAUGGUGUCUGACGUAACAUCCCAUAUUGAGAAAAACAUAACAUGUCCAUCUGAGUGUAAAAUAGCCCAAAAUGUAUUCAACACUUAUGGUGAAAACAAACAUUUUAUUCAGCCUGUCACAUUUGAUAAAGAGCAUAUAAUGAAAGACACCAGCAAUGAAGCAUACAAUGUGAAUGUGUCGUCCACAGUGACAAGUGACCAGCUGUCAGUUGGCGAACAGCCUAGAGAAGAGAGCCAGCACAGAUCAGUAAAUGAGCUGGCUGUCACAUCCCGUAAAUCUGGAAUGUCAGUAAAUGAGGAUAGUGUGGCGAUAGGUAACAAUGCAUUACCAGUAAUUGAACAGUAUGUAGCAGUCAGUAAAAAUAUAGUUAUAGUAAAUGAACAGCCUACGACAGUAGGUCAGCCUACGACAGUAGGUCAAUCUGGAGUGUCUAUAAAUAAACAGAAUAUGACAGUAGGUCAAUCUGGAGUGUCUCUGAAGGAACAGCAUAUGACAGUUGGUCAAUCUGGAGUAUCUAGGAAUGAACAGUAUCUGACAGUCUGUCAAUCUGAAGUGCGUUUGAAUGAACAGCAUGCAACAGUUCGUAAAUCUGGAAUGUUUAUGAAUGAACAGUAUAUGACAGAUGGAAAAUCUGGAGUUGCUAUGAAUGAACAGUGUGUGACAGUCGUUAAAUCUGAAGUUGUUAUGAAUGAACAGUGUGUGACAGUCGAUAAAUAUGGAGUACCUAUAAAUGAACAGUGUGUGACAGUCGGUAAAUCUGGAGUUGCUAUGAAUGAAGAGCAUGUGACAGUUGGUAAAUCUGAAGUACCUAUGAAUGAACAGCAUGUGACGGUCCGCAAAACUCGUGUGUCUAUGAAUGAACAGCGUGUGACAGUUGGUAAAUCUGGAGGACCUAUGAAUGAACAGCGUGUGACAGUUGGUAAAUCUGGAGUACCUAUGAAUGAACAGCGUGUGACAAUUGGUAAAUCUGGAGUACCUAUGAAUGAACAGCGUGUGACUGUUGGUAAAUCUGGAGUACCUAUGAAUGAACAGCAUGUGACAGUCCGCAAAACUCGCGUGUCUAUGAAUGAACAGCGUGUGGCAGUUAGUAAAUCUGGCGUACCAGUAAUUGAGAAAUAUGUGGCGGACAAUAGCUAUGGAGGUAAUCUGUUGUCUAAUGAUGCAUGUAGUUUAUACAUUCCAGGUAAGGAUGGGUUAGGAAUACGUGUAGAAAGACGCCAGGUUGACGUGACUACUGUGACGGUGUAUCCUAAGACACCGAUCACACAAACGCCGCCAACCACGUCCAAGUCAUGUGUAAACAACCCAGUAGUGCUGAGAAAGAAAUGUUCACCUAAGCCUUCACCAUCGACCUCAACGUCAACGAGUCUAAACAAACCUAAAUAUGUUUCUCUCUUAAACAGAAACCAUGCAAAAGCUGAGGUAUUUGUGUCCAGCCAGGUCUAUCAUGAUCCUGCUGGUCCUGUGCUGACUUCUGACAUGGAGAUUGUAAUGAACACUCAUGACUCGUCAAUAUCACACGGGGAUUCUACCUCGAGGAUAGAUCCUAAUGAGCGAUAUGCAUUGUGUAUGUUAUACAACAAGUCCUACCUUGUGCAGUUAUCCAAAGACGAAAAAAUUUCUCCCACAGAGUGUGAUAGAAUUGUCAGCAGACUUAUGAAACAUGUCGCAUCUAAAGGCAGAAAAACUACAAAUAUGAGAUCUCUUCUAACUGGGACUUUUUCAUCUUCACCCAACAAAGUUCAGUCUCCUGCCAGAAGUUCUGAUUCUAUUCCGUCUUGUCCAGUAGGACCUUGUGAAACAGUAACUAGUCCCCAUGUCACUUCGGUUACAUCAUCCUCUAUGAAACAUAUGCAUAAUGAGCCUCUACAAGAUGAAUGUGAACCAAAAGUGUCGCGUCUCAGUGGUGUUACAGAUGGAGAAAAAUAUUCUUCUCAAAACUCUGAAAAGCAUAUUUUUUCUGAAAAGAGAAUUAAACAAACUGCUAACAGUCGUCAACAGAUGAAAUUGGCAGCACAAAGUUAUCCUUUAUCCACAGAAGUUACCAUCAAGAAAGAGCCGGUGGAAAAAUGUUAUAGAUCUUUGGAAGGCGGUGGUUUCCGUGAAUUUAAGGACUCAGAAGCAGCACAAAAUACUAAUGUCUUAUCGGUGCAACAACCAAAGAAGGAAAGAGAGGUCGACCAGUGGCAACAGAUCUGGUGCUCCGGCGUGAUGCCAGCAAAUGACCCUGAGGCUGAAACUGUGUCAGCUCCACAAGUUGUUCAGUUACCACAAGGCUCAGAUACAGCAAGAUCUGGUGGAUCGAUUUUUGAGAAGAUGUAUAGUGAAUUCAAUGUGCUGCAUGCUCCAUCAGCCUCCAGUGACACUAUAACUCUCCCAGUAACGCCAUUUGAUGGCCAGUCUGUUUUGGUUUCAAGACGUGAAACCACAAAACAGCAUCGUUCAUUGUUUGAUAGCAUUAACUCGACAACUGCGAUGACAGAUAGCUAUUCACAAGAUGAUGAUUCUGAAAGAAUAGUCUCACCUCCACAUCUUUCUCGAUUUGACGAAAUUAUUCCCGCCAUUGCACUGACCGACAAGCAAGAAAGUAUUUUGUCUCAACAGCAAAUAAAAAUACAACAUUUAAAAGAACUAUUACGUCAAAAAGAUCAGGAGUUAAACCAACUUCGAGGAAAGUCACGAAAUAAUUCAGAAUGACGCGAUACGGUUGUUGUUUUUGAGUUGUAGCACAGUGUGUAUGUUGUACUUGUAAUGUUUGUAUUAUCAUGUGACCUGUAUGGUGCCAGGAAUGGUAUGUUUUGCUAUGUUUGUAUGAUAUGGUGAUAUUAGUUUGCUAACAUGUCUAUAUACAGAUAAACUUUUACAAGAUGUUAUCCACGGAUAUACAGUUAGUCAACACAAUCUUUUAUGAGUUGUCAGAUACUGUAAAAUAGGUAAAAUAAUUUGUGUACGGUAAUUUGUUUCUGUUGGUUUCAACCAAAGAACUUGGUGAGUACAAGUUACUUUUUCGGGAGCUGACGAAAUCUCCCGUACACACACAAACACACACACACACACACACACACACACACUCUCUCUCUCUCUCUCUCUCUCUCUCUCUCUCUCUCUCUCUCUCUCUGUCUGUCGAUACAAGUCUGCAGCGUGGCCAGAUCGUGUGUUUCAGGAAAUGAUCGGGGGCGUCGGGGUCCUUUCUGUUAUAUAAUGGUCCUGGUUAUAUUACAACUGUCUCGUUUUUAUGUAAGAUUUUGGAUAGAUGUUAUACAAUUUAGCCCUAACAGCUGGACGUAGCGGGUGUAGUGGUUGCUCUGUUUAGAUACAUCUGCACUCAUUUCAUUCGGUCAAUACUUCUACAGACAGUUUAUCAACAUCACUAGGUGGCCUUUAUUAAGAAGAUCGCUUGAUAGGUUUCCUGAAACUGGUGCUCCUAUGGCUAAAACCUAGCUAAACAGAGCGCCUAGUUUGUGCAUGCAUUUAUGUAUUAUAACUGUGUUAAUCCAUCUGUGCCCAUUUUACUUUAUUAUUGUAUGCGGAAAAGACAUAUAAUCAUGUUUACCUGGUUUAAUGUUGCCAAUAAAAGAAUAUUAAGAUA